AUGGUGCUGGUGGUCGGGGCCUCCGACGUCGCGAUGUUCCCCGCCGCCAACCGGCCGCCGCCGCACUCGGUGGUGGCCCAGCAGAGCCCCGCCGGAUACUUCGGCUACUACCCCCAGCAGGCUCCUCACCAUCACCACCACCACCACCCCCACCAAUACCCUCCCCCGGACCUCAACUGCAACCUGCAGCCCUUCAUGACGGGCCAGUUCACGGACGGGCUGCAGGGCGGCGCGUGGCACAAUACGGCCAUGUACAUGCCGCCGCCGCACCACACCGCCGCCGCCCCGCAGUGCCAGCAGCGAUCGCCGCACGGCUACGAGGACUGGGGCGUCCCUCCCCUGCACCACACGGGCCCCACGGGCGCCGCGUCCCCCUUGCCGCACCCGCCCACCCUGUCGUCCGGCGCCGGCGGCCUGCAACACCCACCACACACGCCCUCGCCGUGCGCGCCCGGGGCCACCGUGCAGCCGGGCCCGGGCUCUCCAACCUUCGGCCACUACCCAAAACUGACCCCCGUGGGCGCGCCGCCCGACUUCGGCAGCGACGGAGGCCUCGGCGGCGGCGGCGCACAGUCCCCAAAUGAAGGCGUGCUGCCGCCCCAGGGCGACGGAGCGGCCGACGCCGGAUCGCCGCCCACCGCCCACGCGCCGCCAUCGCGCCCGCAGCAGGUGCGAUCCCCGUACGAAUGGAUGAAAAAGCCUUCGUAUCAUUGCAACAGAGAAACGGGUAGCAAGACCCGCACCAAGGACAAGUACCGCGUAGUGUACAGCGAUCACCAGCGACUUGAGCUUGAGAAGGAGUUUCAUUAUUCUCGCUAUAUCACCAUCAGGAGAAAGUCUGAGCUCGCCUCCAUGCUGGGGCUCUCCGAGAGACAGGUCAAGAUCUGGUUUCAGAACCGACGAGCCAAGGAGCGGAAGCAGAUGAAGAAGCGAGACGAGCUCCUGCAGAAGGAGAAACUGGAGAACGCCCAGUACCACGCGCCCACCGUCACCCCCGUGCCGCCCAUGCCUCCCAUGCACGCGCACGUCUCCUCCGCCCAGCACCUGCCCACGUCGAAGCCCCUUAUGAUGGACGUGAAGCCGGUCUUGGGGCUGGACUGA